CCCGUCUCUCUCCGGCUGCCUGUCACCGGGAGCCAGACAGGCAGCAGCCAGGGGAGGCGGGGGAAGGAGGCGAGCCUGGGAAUGAGCUGGAGGCAGAGCCGGGCUGAGCGCACGCAGAGCCGCCGCUGGAGACAGGCAGCGGGAGGCGGCCGGCGCUGCCUGGGCUCUGCCUGAGACACCCCCCGCGCCGGGGCGGCAGGGCUCGGAGAGGCGUGAGUGCGCCUGAAGAGGGAGAGAAGCACAAGAGAGACAAGACAAUUGAACAUCACAAGUGGCUCAAUCCCAAAAAAAUGAUGCUGGAUGAACAGUGGAUUAGAACUAAAUUUUAAAAAGGAAAUACAAUCUCAGUGUGACAAUUGUCUUCACUUUCAAAUUCAUGAUGGCCAAAAUCCACUGGCUGGACGGCUGAGGUGAGCGUCGUACGUUUGCUGUUUGGGCUCAGUGCAUAUCCCUUGUACCUACGGCUCAAAGGACCUGGGAGCAGGUGGGAAUUGGAUGAUGCCAAAUGCGGGAAUGGGGAGACAAAUGGACUGUGACAAGCUAAGAUGGAAGUGACUUGACAGCUUCAAGCCUUGCAGUUGCCUCUAGUUAGGACAGGUUAAGAUUGGAAUCACAAGCUUCGCUGGGAGAGCAGUAUGCAGGAAGCUGGUUUUCAGGCCACAAAUGCUUUCACAGAGUGCAAAUUCACCUGCACCAGUGGUAAAUGCUUGUAUCUUGGUUCGCUGAUUUGUAACCAACAGAACGACUGUGGGGAUAACAGCGAUGAGGAGAACUGUCUACUUGUAACAGAGCAUCCACCUCCAGGCAUCUUCAGCUCUGAACUGGAGUUUGUUCAGAUAAUCAUUAUAAUCGUGGUGAUAACUGUUAUGGUGAUAGUGAUCAUCUGCCUUUUGAACCAUUACAAACUCUCAACACGCUCUUUCAUCAACCGACAGAGCCAAAACAGGAGGCAGGAAGAAACUUUGCAGCCGGAAGGGUGCUUGUGGCCUUCAGACAGCUCAGUGUCACGACAAGGUGCUUCAGAGAUCAUGUAUGCCCCAAGGUCCAGGGACAGGUUUACCGCUCCAUCAUUCAUGCAGCGGGACCGUUUCAGUCGCUUCCAGCCAACCUACCCUUACAUGCAGCAUGAGAUUGACCUUCCUCCGACCAUCUCCCUCUCUGAUGGAGAAGAGCCACCACCAUACCAAGGGCCAUGCACGCUGCAGCUCCGGGACCCAGAACAGCAGAUGGAACUCAAUCGAGAGUCUGUCAGGGCUCCACCCAACAGAACCAUUUUUGACAGUGACUUGAUAGACAUUUCAACGUACAAUGGGGGCCCAUGCCCACCAAGCAGCAAUUCGGGCAUAAGUGCAACCAACUAUAGCAGUAAUGGAAGGAUGGAAGGACCACCCCCAACAUACAGUGAGGUCAUGGGUAAUUAUCCAGGCUCCUCUUUUUUCCAUCACCAGCACAACAAUGCGCCUCCUUCAUCACAGAGGGGGAGCAGACUUCAGUUUCAGCAGAACAAUUCAGAGAGCACAAUAGUCCCUAUUAAAGGCAAAGACAGGAAACCAGGAAACCUUGUCUAAGUUACUUUCCCAGGUGCACUUGAACUGAAGACAAGAGAAUCAAACAGGAAUGUGGAGGAAAAUUCCCACAUUCCUGUGCACAAUGUUGUUAAGUUACACGUGGUACAAUGUAGUAAAACCAAACGUGCAAACCAGUUCGUUCUGAUUCAUUUCAGGGGAAUUGCAUGCAAAGUGGAUUGAGAUAAUACAAACUUCCAUUCAGUUUGGCCAUGAGCAGUGUUUUGGGGGAAAAUAUAUAUUAUUUUUUUUAAAUAAACUAUUUGAAUUAUUUAAUUCUAAAAGGAAACUUAGCACAGAAAUUAGGCUUGUACAGCCUGUUUUAUAUUAACUGAAUGGCAGAAAGAAGAAAAUGAGAAGAAAGUUUUGCUAGGUAAAUGGGGGAAGAAUCGGCCAGUUUGCUUUUUUUUCCCAAGGUGUGGAAUUUUUUUUAUAUGAAUCAAAAUUCCUGUUUUGUGUGCCAAGGUGUAAAGUUGAGAAAUUAGAUGAAUGCAAGGAGUUAAUUUGUGUUGUGAAAAAUGUGUUUUAAAAAGUUGCACUAUCUUAAUGUUUUAAAAAAUAUAUAUAUGAGGGAACUGUUUUACGUGAAGUUCUUCUAUAUGUUGUCUUUUCAAAACCUGUGGAAUAAUGAUUAGACCCCAGGAGUAAUCUGGAGGAGUUUGCCCCACCUGGUAUUUGUCACUGAAAGGGGAUUGUUGAAUUUAGCCUAACACCUAUUGACUUACAUAAUCAGGCAAUACAGGGACACUUAACAUGUUAUUAUCUUUGCAGUAAUUUGCAUUAAAAUGACAGUGCAUCAAUGAAGUGUCUUGGAGACUUUUGGAUGGAAGUAAGCAAACAUGAAAUUCCAGCAUUUCACAUCACUUAGGUUGUUUUAGCUAUUAUACAGUUUAGGCCAUUUGUUUCAUUAAAAGCAAAACAAAAUCCCAGAUAUACUAAUUUAUAUUAAUUAUUAACAAAGCACUGUAAUUUUUUUUCUCCUUUUCACAAUGCAGUAUCGUUAAUACGUAAGGUUUUAGAGAUGUUGUCUUCAGUGUAGCCUGAAAUAUAUUUAGUCACAUAUCCUGACAUUAUGCAAUAAAUUGUUUAAAAAUGCAAGGUAGUUCUGUCCCGUCCCCCCAGAAUGCAGUUAAAAUAUGUGACUCUUUCUUGUGCAUUUACUGUCCAAUUUCUAUUUAAAUUCUGUACUGGAGAAUUUUAUGCUAAUCCUGUUUACGCAAGUGGACAUCAGUAACCAUACCCCCUCCUAUGCAGUUUCUGCAACACAUGUGAUACUUUUUACAGUGCUAGUGAUAUUGGCAAUGGUUUCUGCAGCAUUAGAAAACCAUUGGAAGUGACUUGGAAACCCUGGUUAAUCUCACUGUAAGCCAUUAGCCUUUUCGUAUGGGCCUGAUCCCACAAACCCUUACUCAUGCACGUAAUCCCAUUGAGCCCAAUGAGACUAGGCACAUGGGUAAAGAUUACACUCACAUGUGUGUGUUUGUGUGUAGGAUCUGGCCCUAUUUUUGUAAUUCUGGUCUCAAAGUAAUUGGAAGAUAUGUGUCUGCCUGACGAAUGUUGCUUAGGGUUUUGCUUUCUUUCCGUGGUUAGCUUCUGUGCCGAAGCUAAUGUAAGAUUUGGAAGUCAAUUGAACAAUGGUGGUAGUGACUUCAAGAGCACACAGAAAAAGCACAACAUGCACUUAAAAUGCAUUUUGGAAAUGGACUUUAAAAGAAAAAAAGAAUCUUUAGAGUCUUAGUUGUAAUAUUCCUAAUAUAUAUGUGUAGUAGAGUUUUCACUGUAAGGUCUCACUUUUUCUAUGGUCUUAAGCCUAGUGCUUUGUUAACAGCAGCAACCAACGAGUGCAUGAAAUGCACUGCAGAAAAGUACUGUAUUGUACAGCACCUGUUCCGAUUGCUGGAGAUUGGAUUUCUGUGUGACUUCUACAUACUACAGGGCUUGAUUGAAACAUUGAUUACUGAAGCGAAUCUUUGAUCUAUGCAGAGUUUUAAUGCCAAAACAGCGUGUGUGUAUGCAUGUGUGUGUUCAUUUUAUGGGUCUCUGUAUAGAUAACUUCCUUAGUGAGGUGACUUUGUACUAUUCUAGCUUGAUGAAUAUUGGAAUAACUAUAUUCUGAACAGACAGCCCCGUUUAUAACUGAUCAGAAUCUGCUUGUUUCUUGAUCUGAAUUGUCCCUGGUAAUGCAAAGUGAACCCUUUUUAUUUAUGUAGCUAUAUUUGAAGAGAGAAGUAGGAGACUGGAUUUAGCGCAGCCCCCAGCACAGAUGUUUAUGGGAUGACUGACUAGCUGUCUGUCGAUUAUAGCUCUUGCCUUUUAUAGUUUCUGGGAGUAAUACAUCUUGGAAUUAGGAAUUUACAGAUGACCUGCAGGUUUAGGCCACAGGAAGUAUCCACAAUUUAAGUCACUUCAGGGAGUUUGUUGCUAUUAAAGGUGAGCAGAAGUAUGUUGUUGCCUAGAUCAGGAUUAUUCAGCCCUGAGACAUCUAGGUCAGAGAACAAAUGGAAAUCAAUUGUCAUUCUGUCAGGGAACCACUGGGUCAGGAGAAGGGCAGGUAAACAGUCCUGGGCUUUGGACCAGUUUGAAUACAAGCUGUCCCACUGCUCUGCAGAUCUCAUUAAAGCCACAUCUAUUAACUUCAAAGCCACCUCUUGGGAACGUAUCUUCUUUGAGGAUAACCCUUUACCAUCUUUCCAUCCUAGUGUCCCAGUGUGUUGGUGUAACUCCCAUGAACAUUGAUGGAUGUGAUGCAUGCACAUACAGAAGAAAACACCUACCAAAGUGGUCUGUUAGGUUUCCUUGAACUAGGGUUACAAACGCUGCAGAAGAAGUAACACAUUUUCUCCACUCUGCAAAAAGCGAUUUUUAGACUUCAUUCUGAUUAUAUCUUAAUGAAUGUUAGUAAUCUCUGAGGUGGAUUCUGCCAACAAUAUUACAAAGGAGUGCUCUUUCUUUCUUUCUGCUCAUAGAGAACAGAGAACACGCCAGUACUGUUAGAACUGAACUCCGAAAGAGAAAAUAAGAAAAAAUGAUAUCAAACAAGAAGUCGCUGUCAAUCUGUUCAGGCUCAAAAAUGGGCAUUCUCUCAAGGGAGGUAAAUUCUACGCAGCAAUUCUGGAGGAUUCUCUGUAAAAAGACUCAGGACCAUAUUCUAAACCUUCCUAGCCACCCAAAUGUAAUUUUUAAACUAUUAAAUUGAUAUAUGUUCUAUAGAUUAUCACAUAGGUAAAACUCCACAUACAUGUUUCAUUUGUGUGUGUGUGUGUCCAGGUAAGUAUAUUAUAUAUAAAAUACACACAAAUAUACCACGUAUGUAGAGGUUUUUAUCCUCUGACUGCCUCACUUGCCCUCUGCCCAACAACCUAUCUUCCCCAAGAUUUAUUCAAAUACUCCACAUUUCUGAGCAACUUCAAACAGCUGUUACUUUAAAAAAAUUUAAUCUGUCAGAAAUAGAUAUUCCCUCCUCCUCUCUCCCCCUCAAAUGUAGAAUUCCUCCCAAAAAUUACCUUGUUCCAAGGCCCAGGCUGGACAAGUUUCAGCUGUUGGACUGGUGUCAGCUUUUCUAGAUAGAAAAAUGUCUAAUCUUCAGUGUAUGUUGCCUGGCGGUCUUACAGGGCUAGGAAAGGAAGAGGGGAUUACAAACUUCCCAGUGGGAUACAUAUCACUUCUAGCCCUGGAAUUACAGAAAAAUCUCUCGAGCCUAUUUUUAGAGGUUUGCCUGGCUCCUUCUGAGCACGGCGCAGUUGGCCUCCUGGUAUGUGAGGCACCUGACUAUAAGGUAUGAAUGAGAGAUGAAAAAUAGUCCCAAUAAAAAUGUUAAAAGCUCUCUCAAGUAUUCUUAAGAUAGCAUUUCUGUAAGAUGUAUGGCAUAUAGAGAAUACAUGAUACUGUGAUGUGAUAGGAAGGUUUGGUCAUCAUUAGUUUGGGAUGAUUUCUGUACGCCCCACUCAUGGCUUUGUCACUCAUGAGGAAUGCAUCUAACUCAAACUCAUGCUGAUAACAUUUUACCACACCGUUGUUCACUCUCUGUAUGUGAGAAAACACACACACGUUCUGUGUAUGCAGUCACGAUCAACAGAAUAACUUCCUUUCUUUUUGUUUCUGCAACCAUAGAAUUAAUUGGAACCGUGCAAUUAAUUGCAUUUAUUUUGCACCUUUGUCCUCAUUUUCAUUCUGCCCACUAAUCCAUCCCAGUUGGAGCUACUUCUGAUGUUCCAAAUCUCAAAACUACUAGUGUCAAAUGAAAAAGAGCCUGCCACUAAAAUUUUUCCCAUAACUGUGGCUUGGGUGAAAAUGGGGAUUGAAAUUACACUGCUGUGCAAGAAUAGCACAAUUCACUAGGAAAAAAGCUUUAGCCCAGUGAAGAACUCAAAGUGCAGGCUUUCUAGUGUUCUCCUGUAGGAAGCAUUCAUUUCUAGCCCUGACAGAGAGUGUGUCAUGGAACCUUAAAACUGACACCUGCAUUUGUGAGAAAUGUUUGAAGGUUUUAAAAAUGUUUUAUAACUAACAUUUCUCUGACUCUGAGGCCUGCACACUCAUGGUAACUAAGGCAACCUGGCUUUACAGGCAAGGACUACAAGAAAAUAAGCAAUCAAAAUACACACACUCUAAAAUUGUUCUUAAAAAUCUUUUAAGCAGGAGGAAUAAACAAAACACCUGCUGGUGUGUUCAAAAGGAUUAAUUGGGAUUUGGAUAUUUGGGAUUUUCCCAGAAACUCUCAUAGCUGCCCUGCCUGGGACUCAUGCCAUACGUGACCAUUUUGUGUGUGUGCGUGGGUGUGUUUGCCAACACAGACGUGCACACCUUCUCUCUAUCUGUUCUAGUUAUCCAGAUAUUAGUUAUUAUUCUAUAAACAACUUCCAGGGAUGCUGCAUGGGUUUAUUUUCUGUCAUAAGCCAGUUUAAAAUGUCCCUUUCCUGCUAUAGUAAACUAUUUUGAAUCCUACUGUUGAACAUGGCUCUGUUACAUGCCUGGGCAGUGGCAGGUAACCACUCAAAAGGUUGAAAGUGUGAGGAGCACCUGCUCUCUUCCCUCGCCCUUUGAAUAAUGUACAGUACCCUGCUUCAACCAGUUGCCCAGGUUCCCAACUCUGACAUGGGGCACUGGUGCAUCUUCCAUCCAACAGCUCUCCUCUUUAGGAUGCUUUGGACAGCAGUCCUCAUAUCUUGGGGACUGCCCUGCAGGAGACCGCUUGUACUGAGCUACUGCAGUGAAACAGAUUUUUAAAACUACAGAAGCACAUUGUGUCUAAUAAGCCUGUGUGGUACUAACAAGGGACCCACGUUUGAGAGUUGGCUCAGAUGAAGCUUUGCUUUAGGUUACUUUUGUUUUCUGUUCCAUUUAAGGGCUGUUGUAAGAAUCUUGUGAAAUAUGGUUGGCCUUUCCCAUUAUGUACAUGCCCCAAAACUAACCCCAAAUGUCUCACUUUUGUUUUAACCCCCUCCCUCUCCCAAGGAGGCACUGUCAUAGAAUUGUUUAACAUCUAUAGGGGCCCUUAUAGCAGCAUUUCAAAUGUAAGAAAUCCUUGUGGGGAUUUGUCUGAGUUACAUCAUUUCAGCUGAACUUUCAGAGUUUUAUUCUAAUUUCUCUUUACUUGCUAUGUUUCCUUUUUAAAUUACAAUUUACACUUCUCGUUAUAGGGUCCCACUUUAAAAUCCAGACCAAGGCCCACCUAUGAAUGUUGGCUCAGGCCUGGUCUGGACUUAGCAGUUUUGCUGGCAUAGCAGUGUUGCUCGGGAUGUGAUCCCCACCCCCUUGACUAACAUAGGUACGUCAGCAAAAGCCCAAAUGUAAAUACAGUUAAACAAGUGGCACAAAAGUCCUUUUGCUAGUCUAGCAUACUCCAUUCGGGGAACUGGUAUAAGCUGCAUCUCCACCGGGGAUUUGCCAGUAUAUAGGUAUUCGCAAAAAGAAAAGGAGUACUUGUGGCACCUUAGAGACUUAACAAAUUUAUUUGAGCGUAAGCUUUCGUGAGCUACAGCUCACUUCAUCGGAUGCAUUCGGUGGGGAGAUUUAUAUACAUAGAGAACAUGAAACAAUGGGUGUUACCAUACACACUGUAUGGAGAGUGAUCACUUAAGAUGAGAGAUUACCAGCAGGAGAGUGGGGGACCUUUUGUAGUGAUAAUCAAGGUGGGCCAUUUCCAGCAGUUGAGCAAACCCUUCCAUGUGUAAGCAAGGCUCAAUGUAGAUGAAGUGCUUUAUCCAAACAGUAAAUAGCACCAAUGCAAAAUUUAGAAGCUGAUUAAUGCUUUGUAAAUCAGCCACAAAUAUUUUGCUUUAAUACAUUUAAAGGCCACAAACACCUCAUUUGCAAUCAUUCACUCUACAUUUCUCUGCUCCCAAAGCAAAGCAGGGAAGGUUGAGCUUGGUUUGUACUGAAAAUGUCAAAACCUCUCCUUCUGGCUGUACUUCUGCCUUGGCAUAUUUUGUGUUACAGCUCGAGAAUAAAUACAAGCAAAGCUAGCAUCGCUUUAGUGCUAAAAUAUUGUACCUUUUUGUGUUUAAAACGGAGAGAAACAAACAAAAAUACUUCCCCCACCUCCCAAGGAACCCCGCCCUGUGUGUGAUUUACUGCCAGAGAGGCCUGUGUCUCAUUUCUUUGCUGUCUUCCUGCUGCUGCUGCUUUAAAUGGUUUGCUAUGUGAGUUGUCUGAUACCACAUGGUAUGUAUUCAGAUCACGUGGGUGACAGAGCUGUCUUUUUCUUCAUUCUUUCUCGCCUCAGUUUGUGCUUGUCUGUCUGCUGUGGUAGGGGUAUUAAUAAAUAAAUAAAUAUAUACAUAUAUAUUCGAUAUAAUUUUGAGGAGGUUUGCAUGUUAGUAGUUUGUAAGCAACUAAGGGGCCUCGUGUUCAGGUCUGAGCAGAUAGGAAUCCGCUUGCACUCGAGGGGCCGGAUCCGAAGCUCAUUGAAGUCAAUGGAAAGACUCCCACUGAUUUCAGUGGACUUUGGCUCAAGUCCUAUGCUCCCACCUUUGUUGUGCCUCACUUAAAAUGGUGCUUCUUCAGUUGUCUGUCUCUUCUUCUGAGUUUUAUUUGUAAGGUGCUGUAUAUAACUUGAAUAUAUUAUGCACAUAUCCUACCCAAUGGGUAGAACAAACAAACAAAAAAAAAGACAUUGUUAAUACUGUAAGAUAAUGUAUAGAUGAUACCAAUUUUAACACAAAAAAUGGCAUCCAAUUUGUGAAUGCCUACUUUCGUGCUUGGUCCUCUUUUGUAAGAAAAUUUGCAAAUGUAUGCAUACAAAUGACAAAAAGUCUAUGUAUUUUAUUUUCCUAUUAAAUAUCAAUAUAAUAUCGUAAGGGAAAAGCAGAGUUUGAACAAAUCACUUUUGACCAGCUUGUAUAUAGCAACUGGUUGUUUGAUGCAUCUUUGCGAUGAAGGUCAUUCUUUUUGUGUGUGUCACUUUAAGGAAAAAGAAAAACAAAACAAACAAACCUUCACAGCUUUAACUUUGCAACUAGAUACUUCUCUUCUUUGUUGUCACCUUGUUUUUGCUGAGCUGAACCAGUAUUAGCUACUUCUUCUCAAGCAGAUAUUUUAUUUAUACCCUCAGUUACCUUAUUUACCUAAAGAUGAGUUAAAAACCUAGAACUUUUUAUCCAAACCCUAUGAUACUGUAUGGGCCUUGGCUAAAUUGAUCGAAACUGACCCUGCAAAAAUCAAAAGUAGGCCAACAGAGUUUUUCAAAAACAAAAACAGUCCUUGUGUUGCACCUAUAUCUAAUACACAACCUUCCCAUUCUAUACUCUGAAGGCUUGUCUGCAUUCAGGAUUCAGCAAUCAGUGUAGCUGCAGGGGUACAAACCCCAGGUAUAAUAGACAAGGAAAGCUAUAAUUUACUCUGUUUGAUCUUACCCCUGAUUGAAAUGGGAGCAUAUUGAAGUGGUUCAAUAUUCAACUUUCCUUGUUCACACUGAGGUUUGCAGCACUGCUGGACCAGUGAUAGCUGAACUGAGGCUAAUACUGAGUAUAGGCAAGGCCUAAACCCAUCCAAGCCAGGAGAGCAGUGAUGUAAGGCCAGGUCUACACUUAAAACUUUUGCAAGUAUAAUGAUGUCUAUUCGGCGUGUGACUUACUUUAUUUUUAUGACAUUUUAUACCAGCAAAAGCCCAAGUGUAGACACAGUUAUACAGGCAUAAAAAUCCUUUUGCUGGUAUCCAUUUUGUCGUUCAGGAAAUUGAUAUCAGCUUUUGCCAGCAUAACCUUCGUCUACACUUGCUGAUAUGGUUAUAUCUGUAUGGCAAACCAUUUUUCAGGUAGACAAGACCUAAGCUUUUGAUUUUGAGGAUGGGGUGGGAGUCAGUUUAUUUUUAAGGCUGACGAGCAAGAAAAGCCUUUUGUAGUUUGACCGGCGCUUUGUUGUGCAUGGCAAAGCCCUCUGGACAGUUUGCUCCUCCAGUCUUUCCACACUUUUGGUUGUCCAUGUACACUCUUGGCGUGGCUUGUUAGGUAAAGCGAAUACCUCAGGAAAACAAACAUAAAGUUUGAGUUUGGAAUUGCAGAUAGGGAACUUAUUUUUCUAAACUGCUUGUUUUAAAUAGUCUGGGAACGUAGAUGAUAUAAAAGUUAACUGUCAAAGACUGAAUAAUCCGCUAACGAAUGGCUACUUUUUUAUACUUGUCAGGCUUUAACCACAAGCAUAACAUAGCAAUGUAUUGGAAUAUGUUUGAGGUGGCGUUUUUGUUGGUUUUCAGAUAUCUAGCUAAAUGCUACACUAAAACUCAGGGGGCCUCAUCUAAAGCCAGCUGAAGACAAUGGUAAGACUCCCAUUGAUUUCAAGGGGCUUUGGAUCAGGUCCAUAGCACUCAAGAAUUUACUUUGUCCUUUUAUUGGCCUAUCAUGGCUUCUCUCUCUAUUGACCUGAAACUUCAGCUAACCAUUUGUCUCUAAAUAUCUUUUAAAGAAACCAUCACAGCAGUCCUGUACCUGACUAGUGAUCACGGUUGUUUUGUUUUGUUUUAAAGAACUGUGUAGAUUUUGUGGCCAGUUCUCCUCAUGCCCUUGCAAGUAGCUUUGUCCAUCCCUUUCUGUAUAUUGUGCUGUGCUAGCCAGUAAGCAGGUAACAUAUCUGAAUCUGCCUACUUUAUGGUUGUCGUUUGUUAACUUGUUCAUUGUUUAUCAGGCACAAAGUUUUGCAAAUAGGUCUUGCCGGCCAUUUCCACAUUUCUGUUUGCACUGCAGUAGAAUGUGUGUGUCUGGAAAAAAAUCUCGACUACGAAGAACAUUUACAAAGUAAACCUUGUGCAGGGGGAGCCUAGAGUAUGAUUUACAAUAGCAAACCUUGCAUACUGAGUGGACCAAACAGGAUGAUGUCUCCCUUAAAAGUAACUAAUCUCCUUUGAAGCUGCAGUGAAAAGAUUAGAAAAUCUAUGAAGUGUAACCAUAGCUCUGUGUUCACACAUCCCAUUUACUACAACGCGCAGCAGGCAUCCAUGAUUUAAAAAGAACUAUGAUCCGAAGUUAUGAGAGCCCAAGGCAUCUUACUGCUGGACAGCAAAAAUAAAACACAAAACUCAUUCAGCUUAAUAUUCUUUAACAAAACAACUGUUUCUUUACUUGCAGUACAAAGGCUUGCUAAGCAUUGCCAAGAAAUUUGUCUUUUGUGGCUCUCAACUAUCUAGUGCCUCUGUGUCAGAGUGUUUCAUGAUGGUGUGUACAUUGAUCAAGCUAUUAUACCUAGAAUUUAUCAUCAGAUUAAUGCCUGUUUUCAGAGCUUUGACCAUUUUUGUUGUUUAUUGCUAGUUAUUAUUUUACAGCCUAAUAUGCUUUAUUGCUGUAUGGGUCUUUUUUUUUUUUUUUUUUUUUUUGGUGAUUCUAACUUUGUGGCUUUCAGGAUCACAUUUUUCAACACGUCUGUCUGGAUUUUUGUCCAUUUUGUUUCACGUUAUUCCGAAAUAUGUACAGCACUAUCCACAAUAUUUAAUCCUUCAUUUAAAUUUUAUUGUUGUAAAAACAGGUCUAUUAAAAGAAAAAGUCUUUUUACAACUGUAUUGGAACUUCUCAGUAACUGUUUAUGUGAAGCUGUGACAAACCUGGCUUGCUUUAAAGACUUUUUUAUUUUCCUUUAACACAAUCAACCUGUUGCUUAUUUUCCAACAUAACUCCCAGUUAUAUACAGGAGAAGAAGAUUUCAUCUGUUGUGUAUCUGCCUCUUUUAAUUGAGCAAAUGGUGAUGUCCUAGUUUUUAGACCUAAGGUCUGUUAUUGCAAUACUUUUAAAGAAAGAUGUUGCUCUAAGUGCUGUUGUUAGUUUUAAAUACAGAUUUUAUGCUUGUUCUUAAUAUGCUCUGGUCAAACCAUAGCACAAAAUUAUUAAAAAUCAUGAAAUAA